AUGGGUCCGCGGGUGCAGCUUCCGCCAGAAAUCCAGCUGGCGCAGCGCCUGGCAGGGAACGAGCAGGUGACCCGAGACCGGGCGGUGAGGAAACUCCGGAAAUACAUUGUCGCCAGGACUCAGCGGACCGAAGGUGGUUUCACUCAUGACGAGCUGCUGAAGGUGUGGAAAGGACUGUUCUAUUGUAUGUGGAUGCAGGACAAGCCACUCCUCCAGGAGGAACUUGGCAGGACCAUUUCCCAGCUCAUCCAUGCUUUCCAGACCACAGAGGCACAGCACCUGUUCCUUCGGACAUUCUGGCAGACCAUGAACCGCGAGUGGAUGGGCGUCGAUCGGCUGCGCCUGGACAAGUUCUAUGUGCUCAUGCGGAUGGUCCUGCACGAGUCACUGAAGGCCCUGAAGAUGCGCGGAUGGGAUGAGAGACAGACCGAGCAGCUGCUGGAGCUGCUGAUGACAGAGAUCCUGCACCCCGACAGCCAGGCCCCCAACGGAGUGAAGAGCCACUUCAUCGAGAUCUUCCUGGAGGAGCUGACCAAAGUGGGCGCCCACCAGCUGACGGCGGACCAGAACCUCAGGCUCAUUGGGCCCUUCUGCACGGUCGCCGCCCGGACUCAGGACUCCCUGGUUUUGCACAACAUCACUCGAGGCAUCUUUGAGGCGAUUGUGGAACAGGCCCCGCUGGCCAUCGAGGAUCUCAUGAAGGAGCUGGCGGAGGAGCGGGACGGGGACACGCCGUCCAGGGAGCCCCCUGCAGGCUCUGUCAGUGGGGCUGAGCCUGACCCGGGCAAGGAGCAGGGGGGCGACGACGAUGAGGAGGACAGCACCGGCACCGUCCUGCAGUUCGACUACGAGGCCGUUGCCAACAGACUGUUCGAGAUGGCCAGUCGGCGGGACACCCCUCCGCAGAACCGGAAGCGCCUCUACAAAGUGAUCCGGAAGUUGCAGGCCCUCUCGGAAGGCUUCUUCCCCGAGGACGACAUCCCAGAAAAAGCCUACAGGAACCCGCGGGGGGGGAGACGGGUGAGGAGGAGGAAGCGCUGGUCCAAACCCCGGCUGCAGAACGAGAUAGGGAGAGCUGCAGAGGAGGCCUCAUGUCCAGACCCGAGCCCGGCACCCACGAGGCGGCGCCAGAGCGCAGGGGCUGACCCCGCCGUGUCCCGGGAGCAGCCCGGGGGCCGUGGCCGGAGAGGGGCCCCCAGGAGGCGGCGGCGGCCUUGGGCGGGCGCCAGAGCGAAGGCGGCCGAUGGCCAGGCGCCAAAGGUGAAAAGGAAGCGGGCCCUGGAGGGCCAGAAGUGA